AUGGCCUUAACUGCGACUUCGAUGCCCACACCGCCCUCCCACCUCCUCUACACCAACACGAAUGAUAACUACCGACGACCAAGUCAACUAAAGACCUCCAACUUGACGUCCGACCUUGAUCUCGCUGUCUUCGUAGCAGACCUGAUGACUUCCUACGCUGGCACUCCCCCACUGUCCUCUGCGUCAAGCUCCUCCGAAUCUAGCAUGGACUCUCCCCCGAAUACGAUCACGGUGAAGAAUAUAUCGAGGGAGAUCUUGUUUGGCACUGGCAUCCCUUCCUCUCCUCUCGCGGGGCUGUCGACAGCUGGGGUGAGGCACAAGCGCACGCUAUCAUUCUCUGCUACGCUCCUGCACCGGCCUUCCGUAGCGAGUAACAUCUCCUAUGAUGGAGAAGGGAGGGAAGAGGAAUUUCACGCAUCUUUUCCCCUUCCACCCCGAGCGGAAAUCAGCGACGACCUGUACUCCAACGGGAAUAUACGUCGUGCAUCUGUUCCGGCUUCCGAUACAGCCUCCCUGAUGGCCCAGCUCGACGAGACCAGCAGGUAUCUAGACGAAGUCCUGCCCUGCACCCCCUCGCCAACAGGUCGUUACCCUCCGUCUCCGACAGAUCCUUCCCCAAGAGAGCGGUUCUCCUGCCGCUACGGCUAUCCAGAGACAUAUUAUUCGCUGGCGCUUCCCUCCUCCAAUCCCUCACCUGACGACGCACAUCCCAAGCUGACGAACAGGGAUACGGUGCUCUCCCUUCCUUUCGUUUGGGCCGACGGCUCACCCCUCAAGCGUCAGCCUACGAACGCCAGCAUCCACCCACUGCGGACCAACCUCAAGCGGCAGAAAUCGCAAUAUGCGCCCUUCCCCGAAUCGCCCAAGCUGUUCUCCCCCACCUGGGCGGAAGGCGGCUUCGGCUUCCCGUUCUGGGAACUGAACUCAGGAUCUCCCGUUAAUCCGACUCGAUCCACCAGACGGCCUAGCCUGAAGAACCUUACUAUUUCUACCAAGAUCGAACCCCCGCUGCCUACCAAGAUCAAUACGAUCCUCGAGACCGACCCGAAAACGAACGAGCAGCCCAGCCCUGUCCCCAGCUCUGCCUGCUUGCCAGACAGCCUCUGGCCCAGUCCGGUGCUUGAACCGAUCCAGCUGCCUAUCGAGACUCUCACCCCUCUUGAUUUGGACGACGUCUUCCUCGUCGCGCACACCAAGCCUCUCCAAGCUGAGAAGGAGAUCGACAUCGAUCAAGCGAUGAAGGAUAGGGAAACUGUGUUGCGUGUUUCUGAGCGGUUGAACCAAGAGCAGCUGCUCUCUCCCGCUCGACCGUCCCCGCCCCGUACGCCGGUCGCACGCCCACAGGUGCUGGCCCCCGUCUCUGCAUGCCAAAAGCACCCCGCUCCGCUGAUGACGACGUUGCCUCUGCGGAUUAACAAGGACCUGCCGCAGCGUCCUCAGACGCCGGCCAAUGUCAGUCUUGUGCAGGAGAUGGUGCACCCCGUGCCUGUCAAGACUGUCAAGCACGGCAAGCGCUCGACUGACGACUUGUGGAGGACUAUGGUGCCUCCUCUGAACUCGCCUCUGCAAGUCAAGGCGGACAAGGUCAAGCAAGCCAGUCAACGCGGCUCCCCCGAGUCCUCGCCCAUCCCUAUACCUGCCAACCCUAGGCGCACCCCCAGCCCGGUCAAACAUUCUAACUCCCCUCCGCGCGUCGGCUGCCUAAGCCCAACUCAAGUAUCACCCGCGCCUUCUAUCCGUUCAGCAAGCCCCGCGAAGACCCCCGUCCCCCCUCGGCCUAUGCGUUCUCCCAGUCCUCUGAUUCUGAACGGACUCGAUUUCUUAGACGACUACCACUCGCCGCUCCGACAUGGAUGA